AGGUGAUCUACGAUGACGUGCCCAGGGAGAACUCAGACUCCAACACAGACCCAGACGACAUGAUCUACGACGACGUGGAGCUGGGGGAGGACGGCGGCGGCGGCGGCGGCGGCGGCAGCUCGCUGGACGCCGGCUGGAGCUCCAGCGAGUUCGAGAGCUACGACGAGGCCAGCGACGGCGAGGGCCGCCCCGAGAACGGCAUGCCCCACGCCUUCAUGAGGGGCAAGCCCCCGCAGAGGAAGACCCACAUGCAAAAGCUGGUGAAAGCUGCCAGGGAAGGCACCAAAGACGGACUGGAGAAGACCAAAGCAGCGGUUAAAAAAGGACGCUCUUACAUCAAGACCAAGUCCUUCUGUAACGAGAGGAAGUCUGCCUUCUUUGAGGACGAGGAGACGGACCUCUUCAUCGAAGUGGACUGCUUCAACGUGGAGCCGGUGUUGGGGCCCGCCCCCGAGGGCCUGUCGCAGCAGCAGCUGGUGAGACGGUGUAUAUUGGGAUCGAUACUGGAGAGUGAGAAGAACUAUCUGGACGCCCUGAAGAGGAUAUUAGAGCAGUACGAGAAGCCACUGUCGGAGGUUGAGCCAAGACUUCUGAGUGACAGGAAGCUGAAGAUGAUCUUCUACCGGGUGCGGGAGAUCCUCCAGUGCCACUUCCUCUUCCAGAUCGCCCUGGCCAGCCGCGUGGCGGAUUGGGACAACCUGGAGAUGAUCGGAGACGUCUUCGUGGCGUCGUUUUCCAAGUCCAUGGUGCUGGACGCUUACAGCGAGUACGUCAACAACUUCAGCACAGCCAUGGCCGUGGUGAGGAAGACGUGCGCCGCAAAGCCCAGCUUCCUGGACUUCCUCAAGCUUCGUCAGGAGACCAGCGGCGACCGCGUCACUCUGUACGGCCUGAUGAUGAAGCCCAUCCAGAGGUUCCCUCAGUUCAUCCUGCUGCUCCAGGACAUGCUGAAGAACACCCCGGUGGGCCACGGCGACCGGCUGCCCCUGCAGAUGGCGCUGACGGAGCUGGAGACGCUGGCGGAGAAGCUGAACGAGAAGAAGAGGGAGGCGGACCAGCGCUGUGAGAUCAGACACAUCGCCAAAGCCAUGAACGAGCGCUACCUCAACAAGCUCCUGAGCAACGGCAGCCGUCACCUGAUCCGCUCCGACGACAUGGUGGAGACGGUUUACAACGAGCGCGGCGAGAUCAUCAAAACCAAGGAGCGACGCCUCUUCCUGCUCAACGACGUGCUGAUGUGCGCCACGCCAAACAUCCGAUGCAGCCAGGACGGCAGCGGGGGCGGGGCCAUCGGCAAUGCCCCCCCGGGACACAAGUUCCUGCUGAAGUGGAGCGUCCCCCUGGGCCUGGUGGACGUGGUGGAGUUCGGCUCCAGCGAGGACGUGCCCGACACGGGCCGCCACCCCGCGGCCCAGCACCACUCCGGGGAGAAGGUGGUCAUCAACGCUAAGCCAAGCAAGCUGUACAUGGGACCAGGCCAGCUGUACCAGGACCUGCAGAACCUCAUCCACGACCUCAGCCUGGUCAACCAGAUCUCCAGCAUGAUCGGCAGCCUCAAGGGAAUCUAUCAGAACGUGAACCCCGCAGUGGCCCAGGACUGGAUGUCGGGGCUCCAGAGGCUGAUCCUGAAGAAGGAGGAGGAGAUCCGGGCGGCCGACCGCUGCAGGAUCCAGCUGCAGCUGCCCGGGAAACACGACAAGACGGGCAAACCGACGUACUUCAGCGCCGUGUUCAACACCUUCAGCCCGGCCAUCAAGCAGUCGUGGAUCAGCAACCUGCAGAUGGCCAAGCUGGCGCUAGAGGAGGACAACUUGCAGGGCUGGUACUUUGCUGAGGAUGAUGUGAGUCAGAUCAAGAGGCAGAAACAUCCUCUGCUGCUCCGGCAGAUGCCAGUGGUCAUGUCCAAGCUGCAGGAGUUCAAGGUGGAGUGUGCAGUCCACAACCCCGAGCCCCACGUCAACACGGAGAGCACAGCGGACAGCCCCGCCCUGGGCCAUGGCUGUGUCUGGGUGGCCAGCUGCACCAACCAGAUGGGCCAGAUAGCCAUCGUGGCCAUGCAGAGCUCCAACCCCAAGGUGACCGAGUGCUUCAACGUGGAGUCCCGCAUCCUCUGCAUGGCCUACGUCCCGGCCGAGCCGCCGACCCAGCAGAACGGGGACGCGCCCCGCGAGGGGGUUCACCACCACGGCCCCCCGGGGAGGGCCAGCGACACCCCCACCGUCUGCCUGGGCAUGGAGGAGGGCAGCAUCAUCGUGUACAAGAGCAGCCAGCGCUCCAAGAAGGUCCGCCUGCAGCACUUCUUCACCCCGGAGAAGUCCACCGUCACCAGCCUGGUCCACAGGGGGCGCUGUCUCUACGCCGGCCUGGUCACCGGCUCCGUGGCCAUCUACUCCAGACAACAAGACGGCCUGUGGAGCUGGGAGCAGCCCAGCGUGCUGAACCUGGGGGUGCUGCCCAUCAAGGCCAUGCUGGCGGUGGAGGAGCACGUGUGGGUGUCCUGCGGGGGACACGUCUUCAUCGUCAGCACCCACACGCACUCUGUGGAGAGGCAGCUGGAGGCCCACCAGGAGGAGGGCAUGGUGGUCUCCCACAUGGUGGUAGCCGGCGUGGGCAUCUGGAUCGCCUUCAGCUCGGGCUCCACGCUGCGCCUCUUCCACACGGAGACCCUGGAGCACCUGCAGGACAUCAACAUCGCCACGCCCGUCCACAACCUCCUGGCCGGGACCCAGAGGGUGACGGUGAGCAGUCUGCUGGUGUGCUACGGCCUGCUGCUGGUGGGCACCAACCUGGGGAUGACCGUGGCCCUCUCGGUGCCCAGGCUCCAGGGCAUCCCCAAGGUGACAGGCCGCGGCAUGGUGUCCUUCCACGCCCACCACGGACCCGUCCGCUUCCUCACCAUGGCCGCCGCCGUGUGCAACCGCACGUCCGGCGACCAGCCCGCCGCCCCCGCCCCCGCCCCCGGCCCCGCCCCCACCCCCGGGGAGACGAGCGGGGAGUCCCCGGAGCCCGGCGCCACCCCCACCGGCCAGCAGCAGCAGCAGCAGCAGCAGCGGCGAGGAGGAGGCGUGUGGCUGGGCGAGGCGGGCUGCACCGCCAUGGCCCUGCAGGACUCGCUCUCCAGCUCGUCCUGCGGCAGCCUGGCGCCGUCGCAGGGCUCCCUGGAGCACGGGCCCGAGGACGGGGCCCUGUACGACCUGCUGCACGACCCGGCCCAGCAGCAGCACCAGAGGGGCCGCGGCCCCGCCAGCAAGGUGGACGUCAGCUCGCUGCUGGUGGUCUCCGGGGGGCUGGGCCACCGCAGGGUCAACAGGAAGAGCAAGGCCCCGCGCCACGAGGACAGCGCCUCCACCGUCAUGGUGUGGCAGAUCCCCCUGCUCAACAUGUGACCACGUCAGCAGCAGCCGCAGGGGCCGGGGCCGGGGCCCGGUGAGACGGGGCCUCAGUAGUUCACGAACGGAUCAAUAGCCCGAGGACAAAGGUUGCCUUCACAGGUCGCACUUGUGUAGACCUGUUGAGGUCUUUUGUUGAAGAAAGAAAUGCCUGAACGCCUGCUGUCCUCUCUGAUUUUUGAAUCAAUCCGUUUAUUCUUUCAACAGUGUGACAUUGGGCCUUCCACAAGUUCCCAGUGGUAGCACGAACGGAUGUCCUCAUAGACGUACACGCAUCCACAUGCACAUGGCCCUUGCACGAGGCCAAAGGGAGCUCAAUAAAACCACUUAAUCAUGCGGAAGAGUGCUACCGGUGGACAUUUUAUCAUGGGAAGCGGAAGCCAGUUGAUAUGGGUGGACUGGUGUGAAAGUCAACACAACGGUGUCGUAUAACAAUCCUAAUAGACUGGAUUCCUCUCCUCCAUGUGCCAUACCUGUACUUACAGUAUUGAAACCUGUAUUUCACUUGGUGCAAAAGGACUGCAGAAAUGUUCGCACACCGAGUGUGCGUUUGUGCGUGCGUGUGUGUGCUUGCGUGUGUGUGCGCUUGCGUGCGUUUGUGUGUGUGUGUGUGUGCGUGCGUAUGUCCAUGUACAUGUGUGUCUCAACAGAGUGGGUUCAGAGCUGGUAUGUUAAAAGCUUUAUCCGUUCUCGGUGUCGUGUAUUCAGCUCUCAUGUGGCCUGUUGGGCGUCGUAGAGGCACUGCAAACUACACUGAGUAUGGGAUUGUUGUAUUUUAUAUAUAUCAUUAUUUUUUAUGUGAGAUUGGUACACUGAAGCUGACUCGUGUCUCACAGCAGUGGGCUGCCGGAGCAGAGAUCUGUAGAGAUCUGUCUGAGUCUGAACAGGACUGACCCAGCGUGAGAGGCCUCACAGGGCCUACCUGGCGGGCCAGGUUUCCACUAGGAACGAGUGAGGACCAGGAGGGAACGCUUUAUUGUUUGACACAUUUGUUUUU